UCCUCCACCGCUCCACGCACCGACGAGACACACGCCCGCUUCCACGCGCGAGCAGGGGCAUGCAGCGACCGGCGAUGGAGGGCGAGGCGGCGCAGCCGCAGUCGAACCAGCUGCUGCUCCACGGCGUCAGCCUCGACCUGCGCCUCGACACGGCCACGGCCACGCACCAGCAGGGGCAGCGCGGCGCACGGCGCCCGGCGUCCCCUGCCGCUCCGCCUCCGGCAGCGGCCCUCGACAACGCCGGCAGGGAGGCCUUCUCCUGCAACUACUGCCAGCGCAAGUUCUUCAGCUCGCAGGCGCUCGGCGGCCACCAGAACGCGCACAAGCUCGAGCGCACCCUCGCCAAGCGCAGCCGCGACGUCCCCUCCGCAACCGCGUCCGCUUCCUCUUCCGCGGCCGCCCACUGGCUCCACGCCGGUGGCGGGGAGCUGUGGGGGUACUCUGCUUCGGGCGCUGCUCCGGACUCGGCGACGAUGGCGCCACUGAUGGGCAUGGGCAUGGGCAUGGGCAUGGGCUGGGGUGGCACUGGUAGCACCGCGGCGGCCGGCGGGGAGGCGGUGGCGGAGAUGGACCUGUCGCUCAAGCUCUGACGAGAUAAUUUAGCCAGCACUAGAUUCCAGAGGCAAUAUAUGUGUGCAUGGAUUCGUCUAGCUUGUCAACAACAAGGGAAAAAAAGUACUGCUAGGUAGCUAGUAGAGUACUACUGGUGGUGCUUAAUUUAAUUAGUUAUUGCAUGCAUGCACCUGGGGAUUAAUUAACUAUUCGGAUUAUAUGCAACUGAUUGUUUCAGCUCA